CGUUUGUAUCGUCUUUGUCGCGGACCGGCAUUUUCCCACAACACCCCGCUCCACCUCUCACAGAUGACGAAAAUGGCGGACAACUCAUCAUCGGUCGAGAUCGUCGAGGGCUGUCGCCUUCCUGUUCUUCGCAAAAACCAAGAACACGAAGACGAGUGGCCAUUGGCUGAAAUUCUCAGUGUGAAAGAAGUCUCGUCGAGAAAACUCUUCUAUGUUCACUACAUUGACUUCAACAAGCGCCUGGACGAAUGGGUCACAUCGGACAGGUUGGACAUGAAGAAGCUUCAGUUUCCUAAGAAAGAAGCUAAAACGCCAACCAAGAAUGGUCUUCCAGGAUCCCGUCCCAGCUCUCCGGAGCGAGAAGUGGUGAGGAAGAGUCUAGAUCUCAACCUACAACAAACUGCCACAGCUCCUUCCAGAGGCAAAACCCUCCCCACACCGACCGCGAGCCGCAUGUCUGACCACGUCUGUCUGCCGCAGAAGAGGAAAGUGGAGCCCGUCCCCGUGCCAGCUCAGGUAUCCCCGGCCGCCCCCGUCACCACCCUGUCAACUCCAGCUGAAGCCCCUCAGGCGGCUGUUUUCCCUGCGGUGAGAGAGACCACCCCCUUCAAGUCCCGAGACCCAGACCAUGAACAGCUCGCCUCGCUCACAACGCAGAACGGCAACGCCAGACGAAUCAUCCCGGCUCAGCCCGGCAGGAAGCGGAAAGCUAACUGUGGGGGGACGGAUGAGAUGAUAAAGGUUUUGCAGUACAACAACCCCCAAAGUGCCAGUGUCUUUCUGCCACCACCAGAGGACUCGCAGGACAGUUCGGACGGCAUCCCGUCUGCGCCGCGCAUGACGGGCAGCCUGGUGUCCGAUCGCAGCCACGACGACAUCGUGACGCGCAUGAAAAACAUCGAGUGCAUCGAGCUGGGCCGGCACCGCCUGAAGCCCUGGUACUUCUCGCCGUACCCGCAGGAGCUCACCGCCUUGCCCAUCCUCUACCUCUGUGAAUUCUGUCUCAAGUAUCUCAAAAGCCUCAAAUGUCUGCAGAGACAUUUGACCAAAUGUAAUCUAAGACAUCCUCCAGGCAACGAGAUCUACCGCAAAGGCACCAUCUCCUUCUUUGAGAUCGACGGCAGGAAAAACAAAAAUUAUUCCCAGAACCUGUGUUUACUUGCAAAGUGUUUCUUGGACCACAAAACACUGUAUUACGACACGGACCCUUUCCUUUUCUAUGUAAUGACAGAGUAUGACUCCAAAGGGUUUCACAUAGUGGGCUACUUCUCCAAGGAAAAAGAAUCAACUGAAGAUUAUAACGUUGCCUGCAUCCUUACUUUGCCUCCUUACCAGCGAAGAGGUUACGGCAAACUGCUCAUCGAGUUCAGUUACGAGCUUUCCAAAGUGGAGGGUAAGACGGGCACGCCCGAGAAGCCGCUGUCUGACCUCGGCCUGCUGUCGUACCGCUCCUACUGGUCACAGACCAUCCUGGAAAUCCUCAUGGACCUUAAACCCGACAACGGAGAGAGGCCACAAAUCACCAUCAAUGAGAUCAGCGAGAUCACGAGUGUCAAGAAAGAAGAUGUUAUUUCAACGCUUCAGUACCUCAACUUAAUCAACUAUUACAAGGGCCAGUACAUCCUGACUCUGUCGGAGGACAUCGUGGACGGUCACGAGAAGGCCAUGAAGAAGAGGCACCUGCGCAUCGAUCCUAAAUGUCUCCACUUCACGCCCAAGGACUGGAGCAAGAGGGGCAAGUGGUAGAACCCCAGCCUUCUCAAAGCCAACAGUGUGAACAAAUAACGGAUCACAUAAAGGUUUUGUUGCACUGUCUGAGGACUUUUUUUUUUAUUAUUAUUAUUAUUUUAACAGAACUUUUCAGAUGGAAAAAAAUGAUUCACAAACUUUGAAAUGACUGAUUGUGAAUCUGGAGCUGAAACGUGGGAACAAAGGAGAGACUGGUAACAAUAACACUGGUGGGGAAAAGAAGAAAAAAAAAUCAUUUUCUGUGUAAAAAGAUCCUGUUGAUGACCAAAACAGUGCUUUAAAAUAAUAAAAGGUGUCUGUUUAAUAUUGUAAAAAAAAAAAAAUUUGCCUCAAAUUGCAAAACGUACACAUGAGGUUAUGCUCAUUUUAUCGCUAAAUUCUAGUCGACAUCAAUUCACUCCGUCAUUUGACAUGUCUGCAUUUUGUAAAAUUCAGACUUUUAUCUUUUUUUUUUUUUUAAUUUGAAACAGAUUUGUCUUCUCCAUCUGCAAAGUGAAAAUGUUGUAAUUAUAAUUAUUUAUGAACCCCAGACAGGUUUGAUUGUAGAAGUCGUCAAGUGAAACAUCGCUGUUGAUUUUCAGCCCGAGGACCACGAUGCAGGAUUCAGGACGAGCUACUGGCAGAAGUCGAAUAUAGUCUAAUAUAUAUAUACACACGUGUUUUCUUUCUCAUAGAUUACUUUAUGACGCUGGUCUUUUCAUGAGUAGAUCCUCGACGUUUUGCACAGCCAUGUUUUCACAGUAGGUCAGGAGAGAAACACACAGUGGUUCCACAAAGAGAAUUUAGCAUUUCAAGCCGUGGCCUCUUGUUUCUGUUACAUUUUGAAGAGACGGCUCAGAAGAGGGAUUCUCAGCUGCUGGCACUUUACAACCUUUAUGCCACCAACACUAAACUCCUACAGACUUCUCCGUUUACGAUACCUGAUGAUGCUUUUUUGGAAAAAUUGCUCCGCUUGUGUUGCUCUGAGCAGAAGUUUUUUGCUUCUCUCCUGGUCAUCGUUGGUUAAUUUCCACACUCCAUUACUGAGCUGGGUGUGUUAACAAGGGAGGAUGUGGAAUAAAUCAGUCACUCAUAUCUUUGGUAGAAGGUCCCUGGCCCUUCAAAUCACUUCCCAACACAUUAGAGUAAGAAGUAUUUUAUAGUAAUCCUCUUCGAGUGCCUGAAUUUCAGCAUCAUUCAUCUGACAGAGCACAAAGAUUAGUGUCGUUUAAUAACGUGCUUAUACCUUUUUAUUAGUUCGUCUCACUCCUGUAAAUUGUCUCUUUUUAAACAUGAAAACCUUAAACAAUGAAAACAUGAAAACCUUUUACAUUGUAGCUCGAGAACCAGCUUGGUCGAUUCAGGUUUUUUUUUGUUUUUUUUCACAAAGUGAAAUCUUAAUCUCGUUUUUUUUUCUCGUGUUUGAACUGGUCAGAAGUCGCGCCGCAGUCGGUCUGUGACGACCGCGGUCGGCGCGUUUCUGAUAAUCCCCCGUCGUGAUCAGUGAGACAAGUCAUGUUCCCUCUGUUUGACUUCUGUUCCCUGUGACUGUACAUACUGAAGACUGAAGCCAUGUUGAACUGUUAGAGGAAUGUAAAUUUAUUGUACAGUUGUAUUUUUUUUUUUUUUUUUUUUUUUACUCAGUGUUAUCGAACAGGCUGCACAAUAUUACCAGGAAAAGACUUAAAAAUGAUAUCUGACAUUGACUUUGUGUUUUUAUGUUUACAUGUCGAGAAGGUUGUUAAAAUUUCUUUGUUGAAAUCAUUUAGUAUAUCUUUAUGUGAAACACAGUUGAGACUAUCAUUUGAACGUUUGAUAUGAAAAAAAACAUGUUGAAUUGAUAAAAAAAAAAAAAAAAGCUUUUAAAAUCGUCA